AUGGCUGAAGAGGAGCAGAGCAGUUGCGAUGGCUCACCCGUCGACUUGGGAAUGCUUGGUCUUCGCAUUGCCGCCAUUUUCAUCAUUCUCGUUGCUUCCCUUCUUGGAGCACUCACCCCCAUUCUCUUGGCUCGCCAGACCAAGAUGCACGUUCCGAAAUUCACAUUCUUCAUCUGCAAAUAUGUCGGUACCGGCGUCAUCAUUGCCACGGCCUGGAUGCAUCUUUUGGAUCCAGCAGUUGAUCAGCUUGGGGACGCUUGUGUUCAGGAAAGAUGGCUUGGCACGUACCCUUGGGCUCUAUGCAUUGCUCUGAUGACCAUCAUGGUCAUGUUCUUCGUUGAGCUAAUGGUAGCCCGUUUUGACGACGACGACGAUGUCGCCCGUAACCAAGCAACUGGCUCCGACUCUGGCUCCGACCUCAAUGAGGUACUGGCCAUUAAGAGAUCCCCAAAGCCGCAAAAGGACAAGAAUGUUCAGGCUGAGCCAUGUCCCCAUGAUAUCGAGAAUCAAGGGGCCCUCCGUGGGCCCGAUCCAACUACCAUCCCAGGUCGCCCUGAUGAUGUCAGCUACCCUCCUGGCGGCGAGGAUCAUCUUGCGCAUCGCCAUGAUCACAGAGAAGGGGACUCGCACACCUCGUUGUCCGGCCAGCUGACGGCAAUCUUCAUUCUCGAAUUCGGUGUCGUGUUUCACAGUAUCUUUAUCGGACUUACCCUCGGUACCACCGGGUCGGAUGAUUUGAAGGUUCUUCUCGUUGUCCUUGUUUUCCAUCAAAUGUUUGAGGGUCUUGGUUUAGGAUCCCGAAUCGCUGUUGCCGAAUGGCCUGAAAGCAAACAGUGGUUGCCAUAUGUCCUGGCUCUUGGAUUCGCUCUCUCCACUCCUGUAGGUGUUGCAGCUGGUGUUGGUGCUAAACCGGCAAACGCUGCCACCCAGAAGCUUGUCAACGGCAUUUUUGACUCCAUUUCCGCUGGUAUCCUCAUGUACACGGGACUGGUUGAGCUUUUGGCUCACGAAUUCAUGUUCAAUCCUCACAUGCGCCGUGCUCCGCUGAAGAUCCAGUUAUUUGCUUUUGGAUGUAUUGCCUUUGGUGUAACCGUGAUGGCAUUGUUGGCAAAGUGGGCUUAG